UUAGCUUUAUUUCAAAAUCUUCAAACGUCUCUCUUAUUCUUGGAUUGAGAGAAGUGCCUCGAAGUAAAUCUCCACUCUCUCUCUCUCCUUCACUCUCACUGUCCGAAGUCAGAACAAUAACAACAAAAGCUAUACGACCUUUUAUCUUUUCUCCAUAUUUUGAGCUUUCUUGUCGUUGUGUUCUUGUUCUUAUUAACCAAAGUAAUCAAACCUGAACAUUCAAAACAUUUCCUCUUCUUUCUUAUUAACUCCCUCGUGUUCACUUGCAAACUCGUCAUAUUUCAACAUUCUCCUCAUCUUCUUCAAAGACUUCUCUGUUUGACUUCGAUAGUGAAGUCAUCUUUAACAAAAACACUCGCACUUGGUUGCGUGGCUCACACAAUUCUUAUAUGUGAGUCGUGCGUCCAAAUUAUAAACCUUGGAGACUCUACAAUUUGAAAAUCAUGAUGCCAAAACCAAGUGUUAGAGGAGGUUCAGAGUUGCCUCAGAGACAAUCUCCAAGGCUGAGGUUAUCAUCAUCAACCGUUUCCUCUGCUCCGCAUUAUCUCCACCGUCCAAUUACAGACAGGAGUCCAAAGCUUGGUCCUGACCGUAGAUCUCCGAGGAGUGGUGGACCUCACAGUGACCCGUUGACUCAGAAGAAGCUUGGAAGUCGCAUCUCUGGCUUAGAGUCACAGCUAGGACAAGCUCAGGAAGAGUUGAGAUUGCUCAAAGAGCAGUUGUCCAAAGCCGAAGCUGCCAAGAAACGUGUUCAAGAAGAGCUUCACAAGAAGAGAUCCAAGAAACCAAACCCUAAUGCUCUGGAGAGAGACGACAUUCCUGGAGAUGGACAUCAAGAGACUGAUGUCUUCGAGGUUGUUCCUGCUGAGAAAGCAAAAGAAGUUGAUGAUGAGGAACACCAAAUCAACGUGUUGAAAGCUAGACUCUACGACCUGGAGAUUGAAAGGGUAUCACUUAGCAAGGAAAACGAGAGCUUGAAGGAUCAGUUGAAGAAGACAGACUCAGAAAUGUCCUGCGCAAAGGCUAAAGAGGAUGAGAUAGCUUUGAAGAUGAGUCAGAUUAGGGCAGAACUGGAAGAAAGUAAUGAGAACACGGCGCAGCUAAAGAAGAAGCUUGAAUCCGUGGAAGAAGGGAAAGAGAGUCUAGAAGCUGAGAUGGAGAAGCUGAUAGUGCAAACCGAGCAAUGGAAGAAAGCAGCAGAUGCUGCAGCUGCGGUUCUGUCUAGAGGAGUUGGGAUGAAUGGUGGGUUCUCAGAGCAGUGCGGGUCAAUGGAGAAGCAUUUUGCAGGCCGGUUUGUGGGAUCACCAGGAAUGGCUGCUGAUGAUUGGGAUGAUGGGUCAGGAAGUGGGAAGAAGAAAGGUUCAGGGAUGAAGAUGUUUGGUGACUUGUGGAGGAAGAAAGGUCAGAAAUGAAUAACAAGUAGCGUGUGAUUCAAGAAAGCAGUGUGCUUUUUUUUUUUUGUAUUUGAUGGGAUGAUCUAAGUGAUGUAAGAUUUUUCUAGUAAUGAAUGAAUAUUUCUUAGCUUAAGAGAUCGUAAAAGUUUAAAGGUAUCCAACUCAUUUUGUCAAAAUCUUAAUUUGUAUAAUUACAUUUAAUCAAUAUUCAAACUUCUCAAGUAUUUGAAUA